UAUCUACCUAAGUACUACCUAGUAUGUAGUAGACUGUAGUAGGUAUAUACAUAUGAAGUACAUACUCCGUGCCUUAGGUAACAAUAUCAAUCCAUGAUGUGAAUAAUGCUGGACGGCACAGUUUUUUAACAUGAUUUUACAUACGGUGAGUAUCUGCAAAACCGAAGCAUGCCUGCCUGGCAGUGUCUAUUAGUACCUUAGGUACAAUACCUACUGAACAACACAAGCACUGUAAAGGCACAGCAAUAGCGCAUCCAUGGAUGUGCACAGCGCGACGCACCUGCAAAAAUAGCCCUGAAUGAUCAAUCAUUCAUCAAUUGAUGACAACAACGCCCUAGAGAAAGUUCGACUUGGUAAAUUCAAGCAACUGUUUUGUCAAUGCGCAUUUGUUAAAUACUACAUUUAUGUACUAUUUACCAUAUCGGCAAUUGAAUAACAACUAUCGACAAUUGACAAUCGAAAUUCGACAAUCGACAUUUCAACCUUUGUCCUGUACCACCAGCGACCGCAAUGUCAAUCACUACCACUGAUGGCUACUUCAUCGCGACGACCUGAAGCGCUUCAGCGCUCUCAAAAAUACUCGGGCUAUCAGCGACGCGCACCGCACGAACAAGAAGAGCGACGACAAAAACAGACAGACAAUUCGGGCAUUAUUAAUGCUGGUUUGAAUGCUAAUAUUGUCGCUACAAAACAUGCGACUUCGCAUGUCAUCACGACUCAAAUUAGAACGAGGAAUUCGCAGAACAUCCUCCAACAACCUAGUCCUCCUCGAAUGAAACGACCACUCGAUCCUAUUGUCAAUAAUUACGAUCCUUCCAAGACCAAAAGAACUAGAAUUACUGUUGAAAUUGUGUCGAGACCCGCUCCUCCUGCUGGUCCCCUGAAAUCCAUCACCGUGAAGCCGCAACAGCUCCCUACGAACGAAUCCUCGGUCGCAUCAACAAAUUCUCCUCCCUCGCCUCCCCUUUCAGUUCCUCCUACUCGACAAAAACCCUCCAAGACGGCGACAGCAGCAGAAUCAAGCAUUAAAAAACACAAAGAAAAAGAAAUUAAUGGAAUCAAACAUGAAUUGGAUAGGUUGCAGCCAAAUGCAGCUGACACCAAUUCGGCAACAGAGCCAUCCGGUCGCAAGUUGCGGUCACAAGAGGCGACUCGCUUCAAAAGUGAAUUAUCGGCAUAUUUCCCAGAUUAUGACGAAGUAAUCGGGAAUGAUCCUAAAGAGCAACAUAUCCUUAACCUUGAUACCCCUAUCGUCUUUGUCGAUACCAAUCCCCUCUCGGAUAACGCAUACCAGUUAUCACAGCCCCCAAUACCCGCGCCAAACACAGCGCUAAGCUCAGACAGCUCAGGCCUCUCACCCCACUUACCUACAGUGCGUACGUACGGUGACAAUCUGUUCUCAGACCUACAUGACUCACAACGCAUCGACUUUUCCUUUCUCGAGGCACAGUACCACAAGAACCCUAUUCAGGAUUCUUUACCUGAUUUGUUUUUCGGCCCUUCACACAAAAAAGCCGAAAGGCUUGAGAAAUCAAUUCGAAAUACAGAGAAAGGUCGCGCCCAGCAUGAAAAGGACCAAAUUAUUCGGCUGCUCAAUGAGUUGCAAGGUCCUGAUUGGCUGAGAACGAUGGGAGUUAGUGGAGUUACAGAAAGUCGUAAAAAGACCUUUGAGCCUGCACGAGAUCACUUCAUUAAGGGUUGUCAAGCGAUCUUGGAGAAAUUCCGCAUAUGGAGCCAAGAAGAAAAAAAGCGGAAGCUCGAGAGGGAACGCGCCUUGGCGGAAGAGGCGGAGCAAGAAGAAGCAGAUGAAGAAGAUGAAGAAGAAGAUGACCAAUUAGAAGAAGAAGAAGAGGACGAGGACGAGGACGAGGAAGAAGAAGAGGAAGAUGAAGAGGAAGAGGAAGAGGAGGACGAGGAGAAAGUAGAUGAAGAUGAAGAAGUUGUAGAAGAAGAGGAUGAGGAAGAAGAAGAUGAUGGAGAUGAAGAUGUGGAUAUGAUUGAUGCCGAAGCAGGACAUACCAUAUCUGAUGAUGUCAGCGAUGGCAACCCUCCAGAUUACAGCGAUGUUGACGCAUCCGCGAGACAGCUUCAUGACGAAGCGCUAGCACGUGCGAAAUACACCGCUUCGAGCUCCAAGAAAUUUCGAGGUGAUCCUUCGCUGAAAUCUCCUGAGCCAUUGGUAGAAAAGGAGUUCACCUCAUUCUUCGACAAGAAACAUCAGCGCGAUGCAGCUCUCAACAAAACUCGGCGCAGAGGAAGAACAGUUGUGGCUUGGGGCCAUCCCGUACCAGAUAUGUUGGAGGCAGAGUUUGACUUACCUGAAGAGUACCGGGACACGGAAACAUUGAGAGCAUAUGAGAGACAGAAGAGGCGAGAGAGACGCCAACGUCAACACUGAUUUGGUUCGAUCUCUUUACUGUACUGCGGUCCAGAGUUGCAAGUGCCCGGCCAACAGAGAGAUUCUUGCAAACUAUGAUGUAGCUUUGGGAAUCCGGGCCCUGACUGCUUUCGAAUCCAUAUCUUGUACAACACGGACAUACAUGUAAUCUUGAAGCUAAGUUCAAAGUUAUGUACGUCUCUAUUGCUCGGGUUGGAAGCUAUUCAUGAACUAGCACUUUCGAUAAACCCUACUCAAUGAGCUCGCAUUCAACCUCAUGCUGUAAUAUUUAAUUCAGUAAACACUUUUACAAUUUACCUUGACGGGCAAGUUUCUUUGCUUGGUAAAUGAUAGCAAACUCCUGUUAGUAUUGUGAAAGUCAAUUAUAAUGGCAAGUGACUGUAGUAAAUGUUGACGGUAAAAUGUAUAAAUUCAACGAGUGAUGUGCAACUACAUUAUAAGUGCAUACUAUUAAUAUCCUUUCAUGAAGAGUUGUGC